UUCAUUACUAAAAAAAUGGAAUCGUAAAGAAAAAAAAACAAACAUAAGAGCUGAGUUUGUUAACCACCGUGAGCGCAUCCAUGGGACGUGGUUGACGCGUGCGUGAAUUUUUGUUUCUUAAUUUCAAUAAAUGAAUUAACAGUGGAAGGGAGAAAAAAAGGAGCUGUGACUGUGAGACGCUGUCUCUUCAACCUCUUCCCCUCCACUUUGCUUCUCUCUCUCCUCUCCGGGGGUUUUACUGUAAUAUCAUCGUCGGAGACUCUGCGAUUCUUCACUGAAUCUUAUUUCUCUCUCUGCGAUUUUUCGAUUCUCGAAGCUGCAAGGACAAACAUUGAAACUCAAGCGGGAGAAAUUUUCUUUCUGGGGAGGAAACUAUGGAGCCCUAAUGCUCAUUUUCUGCUGUCUAUGAGGUUAUGUUUGGAUGAUAGAAACAUUUUAGCUUUCUCUUACAAUGAGUACACGAAGAAAUGGCAUUUCCAAGCAUCAGCGAGCUGAUAAAUUUUGUGGGGAUAGGCCAAAUUGGAUACUAAUUGCAGGGGGUGCCUUGUUGAGCACAUUGUCCAUUCGCUUUGGCUACAAGCUAAAGCAGUCGCUUGAUUGGAAACCUCAAUCAAAUGGCUCUGCUGGAAUAAAACCUAAUGGAAUAUCUGAGAGGCAAAAAUCUACAAGCUGUUGCUUGCACUCUAACACAUCUUCCUGUACACACAAUAAUGAUUAUUGUUGCUUCCGCUCCAUUCCAGGAACUGAGAAUGUGGAGGGAAAAGAGGUGACGAACGAGCAAAUGAUAUCCGCAUCUGAUACUUCACUGCCUCUUGCGAAAGUUCCUGCUCCAUCAUUUAGCAAAGAGAAUGGAAUCAUGUGGGCAACUUCUCCUGAUCGCCUGGAACUUCCCCCAAAACCAUACAAUCACCAUUCAAACUGCUCAGAUUCUCCUUGCGUAUCUGAAACCAGCUCAGACAUUUUCAGCAAACGAGAAGUAAUACAGAAACUAAGGCAGCAACUGAAGAGACGCGAUGACAUGAUACUGGAAAUGCAGGAACAGAUUCUGGAGCUGCAAAACUCGUAUAACGCGCAGAUGUCACACUCUAGCCAUCUACAGGCACAGCUAGACACACUGAACAGAGAUCUGUUUGAAUCAGAAAGAGAAGUUCAGAGACUGAGAAAGGCGAUCGCUGAUCACAGCGUGGGAUGCACAGGUAGCAAUGGCAAGACAUCUCCUGUUGCACCUUGGAGCGGCCAUGUGGACGGGUUUAUGGACAGCGAAAGCAAUUAUGAGUCACAGGAAAAGAGCCUAAGGGAUGGAGAAAGAGUAGAGAUGUUGAGAAAGGAAGUGAGUGAGCUUAAAGAGGUGAUAGACGGGAAGGAGUAUCUACUUAGAAGCUAUAAGGAGCAGAAGAUAGAGCUUUCACAGAAGGUGAAAGAGUUGCAGCAGAGACUGGACUCGCAGCUCCCAAACAUAUUGUAGGUGGAAAGGUUAGGCAUUGUGCAUACUUGCGUCUGUUCCUUUUUUUGUUUUCGGUUCUUUUCCUUUUUCGAGAAAAUGAAUCUUAUGUCCUAAGAACGUUGGAGAUGAAGAUUUUCAGGUUCUUUCUGGCUUCAGCUUUCGUUUUUUGAAUGUCUUGAUUUUGGUUUUUUUUUUUUUUGGUCUUGUCUCUUUUUCGAACAUUUGGUGUAAAGGAAAAUUAGUUGAAGAAUUUACCGCGGGAAUAGUUUUAGACUUUUCCUUGUUUUAUUAA